AUGACACAUCCUUCUUCAGUUCAAAGAACUGUUUACCCACAAAACUCAUUUUACCCAGAAACUCUUCCACAACCAACUACCUCCUCCCCAUCUCGCCCACCCCAGCCGCAAUCACAAUCAGCUCAGGUUCUUCCUGGAACAUUUCCAGCAACGGCUCGUGGCACAUAUCAUCAACAACAACUACCUCCAGGCCAACAGUCUUUGCCUCACUACCACCCUCCACCAGCCGCCCACCUUCACCCGCCUACUUCACCACCACUAACACCCUUUCCUUCAGAAAUUAACGGUAACACUAGAGCACGCCCAGACAACGCAAAUGGUUUACUUAAAAAAGAAAUGUACGAAUAUAAGGCUCCAUGGCCUGUGUACGGCUUAGAUUGGUCUAAACGACCUGGUGAAAAAGCUUUUAGAUUGGCCUUGGGAAGUUUCAUUGAAGAUUCCUCUAAUAAGCUGGCUUAUGACGACCCUUACCUUAGACCUUCUAAUACCGACUUUGUAAAAAUCGCCGAAACAGAACAUCAUUACCCAAUUACUAAAGUAUUAUGGGAGCCAUUCAGGGGAGGUUUAAAUACUCCUGACUUAUUAGCAACAGCUGGUGAUCACUUGCGAUUGUGGGAAAUUACAGAUGAAAUAAGUAAUCCAAGUAACACUAUUGGUGCUAAUAAUCACACAGGAUUCAGACAAAAAAAAUUAAUUCACAAGAUAAUGUUGUCCAAUACAAAAGCUGAUUUCAAUGCUCCACUCACAUCCUUUGAUUGGAAUGAACUUGAUCCGACAUUGGCGGUAACAUCAAGCAUUGAUACGACCUGUACCGUUUGGAAUGUUGAGACAAAGCAAGCAAAGACGCAACUUAUUGCUCAUGAUAAAGAAGUUUAUGAUGUAGCAUUUGCGACUGGCUCUACCGAUAUUUUUGCCAGUGUUGGUGCAGAUGGAAGUGUUAGAAUGUUCGAUUUGAGGUUUAAGUCAUUUCCUACAACUUUCGCUUUAGAUAAGAACUUUAGAAAGGAAACUAAACUUUUUAUCAUGUUUAAUAGAUCGCUGGAACAUUCCACUAUUAUAUAUGAAACGGCUAUACCAAAUCCUUCACAAGUUAACAUGUCUGUUUCCAACCCAACUCAACCCUCUCCAUUACUCAGGUUAUGUUUUAAUAAAAUCGAGUCACAAUAUUUGGCCACUUUUCACAUGGACUCUGCAGAUGUCCAAAUAUUAGACGUGAGAGUUCCUGGUGUUCCUGUUGCAGAAUUAAGGGGCCAUUCGUCAACUGUUAAUUGUGUCAAUUGGGCACCACAUCAUAGCGGACAUCUUUGCAGUGGCGGAGAUGAUUCUCAAGUGCUGGUUUGGGAUAUAAAUAUCAUGUCGCAUAAUGGUGGUGUCAACAGAUAUAAUCAAGAUCCAAUUUUAGCUUAUAAAGCUGCUAAUGAGAUUAGUCAGUUAAGUUGGAGUUGCAAGUGCCCUGAUUGGGUAGCGAUUGGAUUUGGAAAUACUGUACAGGCUUUGAGAGUAUAA